UUAUUUGUAUAUAGAUCUAUAGAUCUACUUCAUAUUUGGGUAUAUAAGCGGACGUAACUAGGUAUUGGGAAACGCUAAAAUGCUGCGUACAGGCGUGCUGCUCUGUCUUAUUGGAUUCGCUGUGAGCAGCCCUCCAGUCUCGAAGACCAGGGAUCAGAUCCAAGCAUUCAAGGAGGCUUUGGAAAAGAGCAGGACUGACGAUGGAGUUCGGCUAGAUUCCCGCAUCCUGGCCAACCCGGAAGCCAAUAUCUGGGAGAACAGCGGCAAGUUUCAGGGUGACAUAGUCCUGGAUGACGAGCAGAUCGAGGCUCUGGUGGCGAGCUACGCUGGCGCCAACAGCAGGGCGGCCUACGUCGUGCCCGGAAGGAGGUGGCCUGGAAAUGUUAUGGUUUACGAAUUCGGGCACAAUGAAUUCAAUGCUGCCCAACAACAAGCUAUCUUGAGAGCGAUGGGAUGGGUCGAGCACUUCUCCUGCGUCAGGUUCCGUCUACGACGACCAAAUGAACAGAACUACGUUUUGAUUACUGGAAAGCCUGAUGGAUGCUACGCUCGCGUCGGCUAUCACGCCACCGGCCACAUUCACGUCCUCAACCUGGCCCGCGCGACCCCCGGGCAUGGCUGUCUGAACAACAUCGUCAUCAUCCACGAGCUGCUGCACAACCUCGGAUUCUUCCACAUGCAGUCCGCCUACGAGAGGUACAACUAUGUACGCAUCAACUGGAACAACAUUGUUCCUGGCAUGGCCCAUAACUUCCACCGUCUCCAGCGCAAUGAAGUCAACCUUUUGGGUCUUCCUUACGAGUAUCACAGCUCCAUGCACUACAGCACUCACGCAUUCAGCACUAACGGACAACCUACCAUCGUCGCUACUAGGAGUUUUCCGGGAGUCAUGGGCCAUAUGGUGUACGUGACCCACUGGGACUGGGUGAGGCUUCGCAGACACUACAACUGCCCUGGCGCGUGGGAUGAGAGGCAGAUCCAGGAGGUAAAGGAAGAGGUGGACCGCACCCUGCCCCUGAUGAUGGCUGAGGCGUCGCAAACAGAAGACGUUGACCAAGAUAUUGAGAAAAAUGAUAGCGAAAUAAAUGUUGUUAACCAAGAUGAAAUAGUUAAGCAACAAAAAAUUUAAAUACAUUUUUGAUAAAGAGCUGUUAAUAAAAUUUUUGGAUUUCAGCGUUUUAAAAAACCAGUUUGAAAGAAUCUACUUACUUACUCAGCGAUUCGAGUGAUAACUUUUUUACCA